GACUCACAUAGCGUUCAGACGUAGAACCUGAAAGGAUCGCAGCCUCACUUUCUAAACAAAGCAAUGGCGCCAGUCGAUGUUAUGAACCCCCACUAUGGGUGGGGGUUGAAGAAAAAUGUGCUGAAAGAAUACACUAAGAAAUAUGGAGGAAAGUCACUGGACCACGACUCUGAACCACUGUCCACUGCCGAGCCUGGACCAGCUGAGCAGACAGUGAGGAAGAUACUCCUAAAAAAGGCAAUGUGUGAAAUCUUCGUUAUCUUGGCUAAUGGUCAAAGGUGUCUGAUGCUCCUGAGUGCCAUACAGCUGCAAGUAAUGAUUGUGAGCAUUUUCAAAGAGGAGGUGCAGAAAAUGCUCAUCAAGAAAGGAUACAAUAAGGAUAAUAUCUGGCUGAUGGUUAAUGGCAAGCCACUGGAUGAUGACUCUGCACCAGUGAAAAAAUACGGGAUCAAAGCCGGCUCAACUGUACAGAUGACAGAGAACCUGGAAAGAUCACAAGUUCCCCCCCUAAACAAGGAAAAUUGUAAACUUGGCAUUAUCUUGCCUGAUGGUCGGAGGUUGCCGAUGAUGCUGUGCCCCGGACAGCUGCAAAGUAUGACUGUGAGCCAGUUCAAAGAGGACAUACUGAGAAUGUGGGCCAUCCAUGGAUACACUGAGAAACAUGUCACUCUGCGCGUUGAAGGCAAGACACUGGACAACCCGUCUGCAUUGCUGGCUGAUUGCGGAAUCAAAGACGGCUCAACUGUGCAGAUGCUUUUAGAAGUGUUCAUUAUCUUGCCUGAUGGUCGGAGGUUGCCGAUGAUGCUGUGCCCCGGACAGCUGCAAAGUAUGACUGUGAGCCAGUUCAAAGAGGACAUACUGAGAAUGUGGGCCAUCCAUGGAUACACUGAGAAACAUGUCACUCUGCGCGUUGAAGGCAAGACACUGGACAACCCGUCUGCAUUGCUGGCUGAUUGCGGAAUCAAAGCCGGCUCAACUGUGCAGAUGCUUUUAGAAGUCUUCAUUUUCUUGCCUGAUGGUCGGAGGCGCGUGAUGCCUCUGACUGCCAAACAGCUGCACGAAAUGACUGUGAGCCAGCUCAAAAUGGACGUGCUAAAAAUGCUCAUGGAGGAAUCUGUUGUAGAAUACAAAAAGGAUCAUGUCAAGCUGCACCUAGAUGGCAUGCCACUUGACGACGACUUUGCAUCAAAGACACAAUACAAAAUCAAAGCUGGCAAAAAAGUACAGGUGGUGAUUAUGGUUCACGGAGGAUGAAGGAGUCCACGUAAAGAACAAAACGCAAAUUUAUGAUUGAAGUCAGCCAUCUAUGGCUUUCCUUCUCCUUUGUGCUUUCUUCACAUUUUACGCCUCCUAUCAUACCUAUAGUCAGCACUAAUUCAAUAAUACAUGGAAUGAAUAAUGAUUAAUUGGGGUGCAAAAUUUUUGUUUCGUUUUAUUACCAAGUUUCUGGGGCUUCUGUUUUCACAGUCAGAGGUGUGUGCCUGAGAUGACAAUAUUAGGAUUAUUUAGUCUUACUGACAUCACAUAGAUCCACUGUCUGAAACAGAGGAUACAAACAAUGAGUAAGGAAGCUCAUAUUAUUAUUGUUAAAGGAAGAAAGUAGAAUAAACUUAAUUAUACACAGACUAACCUCCACAAAGCAAAUACUGAAACAAAGGAACACAUUGAUUGUCAACUUCCUAUGUGAUACAUUAUCUUUUUACAAUGUACAUGAAUAAAUGCACAUGACCAAAUGUUAUUGUUCACCUCACUGAUGUCUGUAUGUAAACAUUUUGUUCACAAAUGAUCCCAGAUUAUAUUUUAAAAUGUAAUUGUUCAUUUUCUGUGACAUGUUUUGUUCAGUUAACAAUCACAACAAUUAAGUAAAUCUUUUUUCAGAAUAUGUUUAAUAAUUCAAAGGUAAAUGUGGAAGAAAUAAAUAAAAAUCUGGCUUCCU